AGAACUACAACUCCAAACUGAAAGUGGUCCAUUCAUCAUUUUCUUGUUCGGAACUGGAUGAAUUUUAUCCAACUCGCGGUCCUCGAUUCCUUUUUCUUUAUUUCCCUGAACAGGAAUUUCUACAGACGGGUCUUCAUAUUGUGAGUUUAUGAAGCAAGUAGAUUUUUAUUCGUCCAGUACUCACUGAGUACUCAUACUAUAUUUAUAACGAUAUUAGCUCUCCCUACACCUACUUUUGAAGACUGACCUUGACCUAUUGUUCCUAUUGAUGCGGCUUAGCAUCGGUCUGGUAGUAUAGGUGUAAAAAAUCGAAUUUACAUUUCCUAGAUCUAGUGUAGCUGUUAUUUAUUUUCUGGGCGGAUAACGAUAAAUCAAAAUCGAUACGACCGUCGUAUAGAAAGUUACCUCGUCCAGAAGUUGCACUUAUCUCUUUGUCCGUGUGAAGUUGUUAGGGGUCACUAGCGCGGAAGCCUGUUGUUCUGUGAAGUAUAUUUCCGAUUUCGACGAAAAGAAUUUUCUAGAUUAGACAUUUUCAAACGCGCCUAUUCUUCUACUCAGGUUCAAAAAUCUUUAUCUUGUUUUCUGAGGUAUCCAUGGUUGUUCGUUCUGAACGAGCACGCAUUUGUCUUUAGAUUUAACGCGUAAAGGUAGUCUGUCUGUAUCUGUUGUCAUCUUUUCUAGUCGUAACCUCGAGUGUCAUUGUUUUCCAAAAUAUUGUAGCAAUUCGAAGUUCCAUCUGAUUUCAAAGACAAGCAAUUACAUCGUAUUUUGUUGCUGGGGACGAGUUAACGGCAAUAAUAGCAGCACGUAUUUUUGAACUUCUUAGGGUUUAGGCUGGGAGACAAGCUGAGUACCUUUGUACUUCUGCUUCUCUUUGUUUUACUUUUACUAAAUGUACAUUUAGACGACUACAAUUUCUGCUCAACUUACUGCAACCUGGGAGAUAAGUACAUUUUUUCAUUUUAUUCCAUCAGUUGUAAUUAGAAAUUCGAAAUCUAUCAAUGUCCACCAAUAACCUCGGCAUUCGCUUUUGAUUUUCAUUCUAAGACGACCGAAUAGUCGAACAGUCUAGAACAUUGUUUGUUUUAAUUCAUCGCGUUUGCGCUUGUUGAAGAAUUCAAAGCUCCCCUAGUGCAGAAUUUGUUUCCGUAAAAGUGAUAGAGACCACACUAUGGGCGGAGGUAGUGGGGGCCGCGGCGGCCGCGGUACUGGUGGUGGGGGCAUGGAUCGAGGCGAGAGAGACUGGUUGAAAAAAAAGCGCCAGCAACAGCAGCAGAGGGACGUCGAAUCUAAGACUCAACGAGAGAUUGACUUCUUCUGGGGUCUGCAAGAGGGCAACAAAAGAUACGACAAAGAACGCGGUGGUGCGCCGAGGAAAGGUAUCUAUGAUUAUCAUUUUCAUCAAGGACGAGGUUUUAGAUGCUAAAGUAAGACAGCUGUAAUUUGAAGCACUUAAUAGUAGGAGUAGGUCGUUACAUCAUUAACACCACCAGAGGACAGACAUUCUAGUCUAUUUUCUCUCGCAGCUCGUUUCCGACUUAUGUGCUUCUGCCUAGAUUUUCCAUGUGAUGUCAAUGUUUAUCAUUCUACAUCUGGGUUACAACUUUACACUUCAUAUCAUAUUAUUUUCAUCAAGGAUGGAAGCGACUCGAAGAAGAGGAGAAAGAACUCUUCGAAGAAAAGGCUGGUAUGGCUGCAGGAAUUGAUUUCGAGCACUACAAUGAAAUUACGGUCGAUAUCAAUGGAAAGGGCAUCGAUGACAUUCCUAUUUGCGAAAGCUAUGACCAGGUAUAAUCUUAUGUUCGUUUUCGUGUUUAUGUACAUCAAGAACUCGAUGAGCAUGAAUAUGUUCUUGAUGCUGGUUCAUUUCUCUACAUGCGGUACAUAGAACUUCUAUACCAGUAAGCAUCUCUUUCCUCGAAAGAGUUGCUAAGUGUCGGCGCUGACAUCAACAACAUCUCAGGUCAACGCAGAGUUUCGUCUUGCAACAUGGCUCGCAGACAAUAUUUGGCGAUGUCACUAUGUAAAGCCAACUCCGGUGCAGAAAUAUGCCAUCCCGACGGGCCUGAAGAAGUACAGCAAAUUUCUUAAGUAGAUCAAUAGAACUUGAACUUGAUGUUUUAAACUUCGACCUCACUACUAGACUACUGGUUGUACUCACUGUUCACAUUCAUUUGAGUAUUCGCGCCUCGUCUUCAUUUUCUUAUUUUCAAUUUCAAAGUUUUAUGAUAAAAGCUCGUCACGACCACGAUCAAGUGCGGUGUACGAUUCCGAUUAGGCGGUUCACCUUUUGUGCUUGCCUGUUCAAGAAUCCUGAUAUUCUUUUAUUAUAUAUAGGAUAUUCGAUCCACCAUGAUUUUCAACGACUCUUCCUCACGACCAGUUUUGAUAUGAUGGUGUGUGCGCAAACCGGUAGUGGAAAGACAGCAGCAUUCCUCAUUCCGAUUGCAAUGAGUAUGCGCGAAAAAGACGGUUGUGAAUAUGGUCGCGAAACUUGGCAAGGUCCAGCUUGUCCCCUCUCUCUGGUACUCGCACCGACACGCGAACUCUGUUCGCAAAUUUUCGAUGAAGCUCGAAAACUCUUCCACAAGAGCUACUUCAAGGUAAGGCUCGAAAUAAUCAUGUUUUUUCUUGUUGACAACAUGCACAAUUUUUUUGUUCGUGUUGUCUUCUCAACACAGACACCAUUAGCAGUACUCUUGCACUUGAAGUAAUUUUAGUUUUUUUUCGUGGAGAUCGAUCUUCAAGCAAGAAACAUAAGGUUAACUUUCUUUUUAUACAGGUUUCGCAAUGCUACGGAGGAGCGGAAGUGAAGCCGCAAUUGAAAGACUUGGCACGAGGGUGCGACGUCUUAGUUGCGACACCAGGUCGGCUCAUCGAUUUCAUCGACCGAGAACUAGUCUCGAUGGAGUAAGCGACAUUUUCCUGAAAAUUGAAAUUUAGUUUUCUCAUGAUUGUCGUUGUCCCUUGUCUGCCUUCGAUGAGAACACCAUGGCUGUGAAGUGAAUGAGCGUCAUUCGAUUGAUGUAUGUUAGUCUUAGUGAGUAAGAUGUUGCAUCUUUUCACGGACAGCAGAGAAAAUAUGUAGUAGACGCUUUGCGAUCUACAUUAAUCAGGUACAUUCAAUUUUUAACUUUGGACGAAGCGGAUCGCAUGCUGGAUAUGGGUUUUGAGCCUCAGAUCAGACAAAUAGUUGAGCAACGCGAGAUGCCAGGAAGAGAUAACCGACAGACACUCAUGUUCUCCGCUACUUUCCCGCGCGAAAUUCAACAAUUGGCAAGCUCCUUCCUGAAGCGAGAUUACAUCUGGAUUAGUGUUGGAAGGGUACUCGACUGCUUGUUUUCAAGGUGUCGAACAAAAGUAUGCGAUGUUGAAAAAAGACGAAGUAGACGUAUUACAAAGUGUAUUCCUGUUCGAAAAACACAGUCAGCAGUCGUGAUAACAAAAUCAUGCUUGUUUUCAAACGCAACUUGAUGAUUUAUCAUUAUGAUGAAACCAGGUGGGCGCUGCUGCUGACACUGUUGAGCAGCGUUUCAUCCCGAUCUACCCGGACAGGGGUCGUAUGGAUGGCGAUAAAUUGGGACCUCUUUAUGGUGAAUUGGAUGGUAUGGAACUCGGAGAAAAGGAAAAGGUGUUAGUAUUUGUUGGAAUGAAGAGGACUGCCGCGUGGCUCGCUGGCGAGCUCUACCGACGCGGACGCAUUGGCUGCGCCGAAAUUCACGGUACCCAAUUAUCAUGUUUCUUGUAACUCCUAAUCAAAUUCGAUUGAUUUCUCGAAGAAUAAGCAAGCGAGUUGAUAUCAUCCUGAAAUUUUAUGUACUAAAUAUCAGCAAAGAAGAACUAUGCUGAUCUUCCUGCUACACUUGCUUAGGGACUAGGACUACAACAGCAGAAGCUAUCAUACUGAUAGAUUACUUCUUGUUGAUUGAAAUCUUGAUAAACUCAAGCAAUCUGCUCGAUGUUGAUUCGGCAAGUCAAUCGGAGACAAAUGACAUGACGCACAAUCUGCUCUGUAAUCAGGUGACUUGACACAGUCUGAGCGUGAACGGGCAUUGCAAAAUUUCAAGACUGGGAGAACUCCAGUUUUGGUUGCUACUGAGGUUGCAGCAAGAGGUUUGGACAUUCCCAGGGUCACCAAAGUAAUCAACUUCGACCUUCCGUCACAGGUUGACGACUACGUCCACCGCAUCGGGCGGACAGGACGAGCCGGAAACAGAGGAACGGCUAUCUCUCUUUUCAACACCAGCGAUUGCAAGGUAGAAGAGAUAUGGUGGUGAUCUACCAUUUUUGAAAAUACUUAUGGGGACUCGUGGAGUAAAGACAAUGAUAUGAUUGUCUACAAUUUUCAGAUGUGUAGUUGUGAUCGUCCGUACUAAACUUCUAGCGCCUUGUACCUACUACUUGAGCUUGCAAUUGGGAUCAUUUACAUGGCUAUUUUCCAUACGACAAACAGAAUAACGAUUCCGAUUUGGCACCCGAGCUAUGCCAGCUCUUAGAUGAUGCAAGAGAAAGUGCAGAUACCAAGGGCGAAGAACAUCACUGGCAUGAUGUCCCGGAGUGGCUAGCCGACGAAGCCAGAAGAAGUAAAAACCGGAAUAAGUGGAAGGGCGGAGGCUUCGGAGGAAAGCGGUAUUAUUCCUUUUUCAUUAGACUACCUAGAGGACGCUUUGACAAGUACAUUGAUUGGUGUAGAUUAUUACCUUUCGUCAACAGCAAAAAAGCGAUCUCUGUUGGUUCAGCAUGAUGCGCAUAGAGAUUUAGGCGCCAUGUCCUUCUACAACAAUACCUCCUACAUAUUUUUGCUUUCUAGUAUUUAGAUCUGAAUUUUCUUCCUUUCUCCGACUGCAGUGGCGGCAGUCCGAAUCACCGUGGUGCUCGCGAUUUCCGUGGCGGCGGUAGACAGAUCAAACUUGGGGGAAACCGUGGCGGUGGAGACAAAGGCGGCAAAGGCAAGCGUCCGGCUUUCGGCGGCGGAGAUAGAGGCGGAAAAGGUGGUGGCUAUGGCGGCAGCAAAGGCGGCGACCGCGGCUAUGGUGGAGGCGAUCGCGGGUAUGGAAACGACGAUCGUGGCGGAUUCGGUGGUGCUCGCAGCAACGGCUUCGGAGCUGGUGGAAAACGAGCAGAUGACGAGUCGUGGUUCCAGAAGCGUGCUGCACUGUCCGGCAAUGGAUUCGAUAACUACGGCGGAGGCGGCGGGUAUUCAUCCAACUUUUUCCAAUCUGUUGUUUUACAUGUUCUUGCAUAGAUUUUUACAAGAAUUUCCAGAAAAAAAUGCGCAUAAUGGCUAACAAAAUGAUGAUGCAACCGUUGCACAUCGAUUAUUUUCAUUUUGGUUUCUUUUUCUUAGCGGAUGUAGUUUCACAUUGUAAUCACAACAGCUCGAAAGGAAUGGGCAAGAGCAAAGGAAAAUGA